GGCGCUCCCGGGUAGGCGGUGGGCGAUUUCCGGCAAUAAAUCCCGACGGGCCGCCGUCAGGUGCCGGCUGGGGGUUGUUAGUGCGCCAGGUGGGGCCCGGACCGUCGGCGCGCCAGGAGAGCUAUGCCAUUUUUGGGCCAGGACUGGAGAUCUCCUGGAUGGAGCUGGAUUAAAACAGAAGACGGCUGGAAAAGAUGUGAACCCUGGAGUGAGGGACUUGAAGGAGAGAAUAACCGGUGUGGCGCCAGCCACGGCACUAUCUUAAAUAGUGAAGAUGAAGAAAUAUUCAAUAAUGAUGAAGAGCAUGAAUAUGCAUCCAAAAAAAGGAAAAAGGACCAUUUUAGAAAUGACAAAAAUACUCAGUGUUUUUAUCGUGAAAAAUGGAUCUAUGUCCAUAAAGAAAGCACAAGAGAAAGACACGGCUACUGCACUUUGGGAGAAGCUUUUAACCGCUUAGACUUCUUCAGUGCGGUCCAGGACGCCCGGAGGUUCACUUACGUGGCCAGACUGUUGCAGCUGAUCGCAAAGUCCCAGCUGACCUCGCUGAGCGGUGUGGCCCAGAAGAACUACUUCAACGUUCUGGAUAAAAUUGUUCAAAAAGUUCUCGAUGACCACCAAAACCCUCGCCUAAUCAAAGAUCUUCUCCAAGACCUAAGCUCUACCCUUUGCAUUCUAAUUAGAGGAGUGGGGAAGUCCGUUCUGGUGGGAAAUAUCAACAUUUGGGUUUGCCGGUUAGAAACUAUUCUCAACUGGCAACAGCAGCUACAGAAUCUUCAGAUGACUGAGCAGGUGGACAGCGGCCUGACGCUCAGCGACCUUCCCGUGCACAUGCUCAGCAACAUCCUGUACAGGUUCUCGGAUGGGUGGGACAUCGUCACUCUGGGUCAGGUGACCCCGACGCUGUCCGCGCUUAGCGAGGACCGGCGGCUGUGGAAGAAGCUCUGCCAGUACCACUUCGGCGAGAAGCAGUUUUGUAGACACUUGAUCCUUUCAGAAAAAGGUCAUAUCGAAUGGAAGUUGAUGUAUUUUGCACUUCAGAAACAUUACCCCACUAAGGAACAGUACGGAGACACACUGCACUUUUGUCGGCACUGCAGCAUCCUCUUUUGGAAGGACUGCCGCCUUGCUUUAUUACUCGAGGACUCGGGCCACCCCUGCACGGCUGCUGACCCUGACAGCUGCUUCACGCCCGUGUCCCCACAGCACUUCAUCGACCUCUUCAAGUUCUAAGGGCCCCGCCGCGUCGUGGCCUGGGCAGCGUGGUAGGACGCGUCCUCCGUGACUGAGCCGUGACCUGGUGCCCAGGCUGGAGGGCGUGGAGGGACGUGGAAAGCUGCCCUGGCACCUGCGGGCAGGAGCACCUGUUGUUUCCACCUUUGAAGCGGGGUCAGGGAACCCAGGAAAAUCAUUUCUACUUCCUUCUUUAAAAAAUUCUUUUCUUCUAAGCGCAUUAAAAUGUGCAACUUUGCAUGUUUGUGAAUGUGGUUCAAAAAGAGUCUGUAUUUUCAGCACCGCAUUCUGUGCUGAACUGACACUAACAGCCAAGCAUAUGCUUCUUAAUUGUCAAAUGAUAGUUUCCUGAUUUUGUAGUGAUUGGGGGCGGGGAUAGAUCAUUGAUCCUUGUAAGGACAUUGUGCAGAAUAUUUAUUUUUCUUGAGAUGUAUUUUAACUGUAUUGGUCUUGUCCAUAUGAAUCCUUUUGGAUACAGAAGAAACCCAGGGAAGUAUGUGCAUGUCUUCUGGGUGCUCAGCGUUGGGUUGUGAAUUGUGCAGACAUCCGAGACCCACAAAGGCGUGAGUCUGGGGCUGUGAUCCUGGGCUCAUGGCCCGAUGCUGGCAGGCAGGGGCCCUGACCUGGGGGCCAGCCCAGUGUGACCUGCACUGUACUGCUCUGAAUCCCCCUUUGCAGGCUAAGUAAUAAAUCAUGUUUAUCUACUGAUUUUAACUUCAUCAGUUUUGCAUCUUACUGAAGGAAGUAGUAUCAAUGAUUUUGAUAUCAUUUAUUGAAACCUUUCAAAGAUUGUUUUAUUUUAAAAAUAUUGCAUGUACAUUUUAGAAAAUUUUGAAAAUAAAGGUUUAUAAAAGAAUAAAACUUGCAUAUAACCCUGCCACCCAGAGAUAGCUGUGCUUACCAGAAGGAAUGCAGGAAUGGCCCCGGCAGGUGUAGGGGAGACUGAACAGGGUCAAGGACCCAAGCAAAGUCAUUUCUACUUCCUUCUUAGCACAUGGAAAUUUGCUGUCUUGCACAUUUGUAAAUAAAGAGUCUGUAUUUUCACUACAUUCUGUGCUGAACUGACACAGCCAAGACUAUGCUUAAUUGUCAAAUGGUAGUUUCCCUCUGUGUGUAUUGGGUGAAAGCUUUUCAUAAAACUGUAAACAUCAUAUAUACCGUUUUCAUUUUAUAACCAGCCUUUUUUUCAAAAGUGUUUGUGAAAAUAUGGUUUUUACUGGCAACGUGGUACCACACAGCUGGACCAGAUCACUUUGUGAUCAGCAUCACCACAUGUGCACUUUUGUGCAUCUGAUGAUCUCCUUACGAUAAACGAGAAGCAGAACCAGGGAAACAAGGCAGUUGUUUGUAAGGAUGUUUCCAGAGCACUGGCGACGAUGGAAGGUGGCAUCUUUCUCCCCCGAAGAUGGACGUGAAGAGGCUGUGAGGUAGGAUAUGUCUUCUGAAAGCUUAUUGGCGAGUUGUUUCUGUAUUUUUUUAUAUGUAUAAAUUUAUUUAUUUUUGGCUGAGCUGGGUCUUUGUUGCUGUGCGCAGGCUUUCUCUAGUUGAGGCAAGCGGAGGCUACUCUUUGUUGCGGUGCACGUGCUUCUCAUUCUGGUGGCCUCUCGUUGCAGAGCACGGGCUCUAGGCACGCAGGCUUCAGUGUUUGCAGCACGUAGGCUCCGUAGUUGUGGCUCACGGGCUUAGCUGCUCUGCGGAAUGUGGGAUCUUCCCCGACCAGAGCUCGAACCCACGUCCCCUGCGUUGGCAGGCGGGUUCUUAACCACUGUGCCACCAGGGAAGCCCUGUAUUUUGUUUUGCUUUGGCAAAUUACCUAAUUGUGUUCUUUGCCUGUUUUACUUUUGGGGUGUUGGUCUUUUCUGUAUUAGUUUCUUCUUAGGAGGACAUUAACCUCUUGAAGUGAGUUCUUUUCCCCAGAGAACAUUAAAAGUCUUGGGAGAAGAGUCCAGCUGUUCCCCCCUAUUAAUUAGCCCAUUUCCACAGGCAGCAGAUGUGCUUGGACCCAAAACUGCACACAGGCAUUGGCAAAACCUGUAGGUGUGCCUGAGGCCCGCAGCGCUGGGAGGGGGCACGUACAGACACGUACAGAGUUCCAGGCACACAGUUCCUGGGCCCUGAUCCCUCAUUUACGGAAGAUCAGGUGACGUGAACAGGAAGAGAGGGAUCGUCCUGAGCUGCAGGUUCGUGUGGCAUUUCUGAGUGUGGUUCCGUCAGGGGGCUCACCGGACUCAGGCUGCACAGCGUCACUCCCCGCGAUGUGUCAUCUGCACGCCCUCGACCCUCUCAGGACGGCCAGGAGUGGGCCCAGAGCCGCCCCUGCGGGAACUGCCACCCCCAGGAAGUGGCGUCUGGAAGUCUGUGGUGUCUUCCUUUGCCUUGAGGUACAGUUUCUCACCCGGGUUGUGACUCAUGGGCCAGGAGGAGCCACAGUAGGUUCUGCAGCAGGUCCAGGUGCUAGUCUGGGAGUUUCAUGGCAUCUGUUGUGCAUUUGCUCAGGGCUGUCCGUGGAGAACCAUGUCUCCUUUAGGGACGGUACUGAAGGAUUUGAUGUUAUUUCUGCUGUAAAUGCUGCUUUUAGAAUCAUACGGAUUCUAACAAACAUACAGAAUCAAACAAAAUGCCCACGUAAGGUGUUUGUAUACUGAUUUUGUAUCCUGUAACUUUGCUGAAAUCACUAAUUAAACCUAGCGGUAUUUUUUGUAUAUUCCUUAGGACGUGGAUAUACAUCGUGUCCUCUGCAAAUAGAGGCGGCUUUUCACCUUUCCUUCUUUCUUCCCUCCCUCCCUCCCUCCUUCCCUCUCUCCUCUCCUUCCCAGCUUUCCGGCCAGGCCCCCAUGCACGUGGACGGCAGUGCACACACAUCCUAGCGUGUUCCUGGGAGGCUCUCAGCCCUUCGCCUGUGGGUGUGGUGCAUGCUGGGCAUCUCUGUGGACGCCUGUAUCAGGGUGAGGUGCUCCCUUCCAGCCUCGCUUUGUUGACGUGUUUUGUUUUGUUUUGUUUUAAUCAUGAAAGGGUGUUAGAUUUUGUCAAGUGCUCUUUCUACGUCUACAGAGGUGGUCGUGUGUUGACUUUUGUAUGUUGAACCAACCGUGCAUUUUCAGGCCCACGUCCCACGUGGUUUCCAUACACGGUUGGUGAGUUUAGUUUGCUGGUUUUACUGAGCAUUUUCACAAGAGAGAUUAGCUGUGCUUUUCUGGUGAGUCUUUGUCUGGUUUUGGUAUCUGGGUGAAAAUAGCCUCCUAGAAGGGGCUUGCCUUGGGAGAGUUCCCUCCCAUUUUCUGGGAAGGGUUUGUGAAGAAUUGGCAUGAGUCCUCCUUUAGGAAUUAGGAUAAUUCCUUGGAAACUUAAGUUACUGAGGAGAAGCGUCUGUUUUCAGUUUAGUGACAUCCUCCCUUUUGGAAAAUCCUUUGCCUUUAACGGGAUAGGGUCGUUUUGUCUUAGCUGAGACGUAUCUUGGUUAGAGCUCAUUUUCUUCAUCAUGGGGCCUAACCUAGCAAUAAACGGGCUGUAAACUUCAUCUGCCUCCAUAGUUACAGAAGGAAGUGUGCUGAAAACCGUAGAUGAAAAGGCAGAAGCUGUCUUGGCUUAUGACAUUUCUUUCUUUCUUUAACGGUGUGAGAAAAUGCAUAUGCUUCACUCCUCUCCCUUUCCUGUAUUCCCCACCAAACGCAGCAUCACCCCCACCCGGUGAGAUGCCCAAGGAUCUGCAAAACUGGGAGGGAAAACCCUGAGGGACCCAGUGAUUUCCUGCUGCCGACACCUGCUCGGCUGAAAGGCCCGACAGCCACUUGCUUCUCAGCUCGCACUCCCCUGCUCCUAUCUGGGUGUGGUCGCGUCUUCUGACCUCACUCCAGACGAGCUCUGCUUUUUGCCCCUUUUUGCAGAGGGAGCAGACCCUCACUUUUGGAGAACAGUGUCCCCUGGGCGCCCCCCAGAACCCCAGCAGGGACGUGCCACGUGCACCUUCCCGACCCGUUAUGGCUGGUGUGGCUGCUCCUUCCCACCGCACAGGUGUGACUGCAGUGCCCCCUCGCCGGCACCGUCUGGGUGUCAUCGGCACACGCGCCUCUCGGGCGUAUUCCUGGGGGGCCUGCCGCCCUCCCCGCCCCCAGCACCGACUCAGGCCCACAUGGAGAACAGAGGUGCUCAGAGCACAGCCACCUGAGGACGCGAGAGGGCUUUUCACGUGCCUCUCACUCAGGAUGGCGAGAUUCUCCACACACAGUGUUCUUCCGUGUCAGACAGGAGAGACACCUCAGCUGCGUUGUUUUUAUUAUUUGGAUAAAAUUUUCACUUUUCUUUGAUAGUCAUUUGAGAAAUUUGCACAGACCAAUGCAAGUAGCUUUUUACUAUUUAAUCUACAUAGAAAAUUCAAAUGUCAUUAAAAUUUUUUAAUUGCAGUAACAUACACAUAAAAUUUGCCAUCUUAACCAUUUUUCAGUGUACAGUCCAGUGGCAUUAGGUACAUUCACACUGUUGUGCAAACACCACCACAAUCAUCUGCAGAACACUUUUUUAUCUCUGCAAACAGAAAUGGUCCCCAUUAAACACUAAUUCCCCUUCCCCAUCCUCCAGCCCCUGGCCCCCACCACCUACCUUGUCUCUGUGGAUCUGACUACUGUAGACACACCAUGUAACUGGAAUCAUAAAGUAGUUGUCUUUUCAUCCGUGUUGUAGCAUCACUCAGGAUUUCCUUCACUUGUGAGCUGAAUAGUGUUCCAUUGUGUGGUUGGACCACAUUCUGUUUCUCCGUCUGUUGAUGGGCACUUGGGUUGCUUCCACCUUUGGGCUGCUGUGAACAUGGUGUACAAAUCUCUCUUCUAGGUAAAGGUUUCGUUUCCUUUUGGAUAUAUACCCAGAGGUGGAAUUGCUGGAUCACGUGGUAAUUAUAUAGUUAAUAUUUUGAGGAACCACCAUACUAUUUUCCAUGGUGGGAGUGUAAAACGGUGCAGCCUCUAACAGUGCCCAAGGGCUCCAAUAUCUCUACAUCCUCACCAACACUUGUUAUCUUGUGGGGUUGGGCUUUUUUUGUUUGUUUUUUAUAGUAGUUGUCCACAUGGUUGGGAGGUGAUAUCUCAUUAUGGCUUUGAUUUUCAUUUCCCUGAUGAGAAGUGAUGUUGAGCAUCUUCUCCUGUGCUUGUUGGCCAUUUAUAUGUCUUACUUGGGGAAAUGUCUGUUCAGGUCCUUUGCCCUCUUUUUAAUUGAGCUGUAUGUGGCUUUGUUGUUGAAUAUAGAAAGAACUACUACAACUCUGGACACUAAGUCCUUAUCAGCUAGACGACUUGAAAAUGUUCUCUCCGAUUCCCUAGGUUGCCUUUUCACUCUGUUGAUUGUGUUAAUUUUGAUGUCCAAUUUCUCUAUUCUUUUUUUUGGUGCCUGCACAUUUUGUGUCAUAUCCAGGAUUUUCAUUGCCAAAUCCAAUGUCAUGAAGCUUUCUCCCUAUGUUUUCUUCUAAGAGUUUUAUAGUUUUAAUUUUUGCGCGUGGCAUAAUAAGGUAAGGAUCCAGCUUCAUUCGUCUGCAUGUGGAUAUGUGGUUUUCCCAGCAACAUGUGUUGACUGUCCUUUCCCUAAUGAACGGUUUUGGCACCCUUGUUGAAAAUCAUUUGACCAAAUAUGCCAUUAUGACUUGGGUGGGGAUUGAAAAUCAUUUGACCAAAUAUGCCAUUAUGACUUGGGUGGGGAUUGUACUGACUCUAUAGAUUGCUUUGGGUGGAAGUUUUCCAAUCCAUGAACAUGGGAUGUCUUCCAUUUAUUUGUGUCUUUUUCUUUCAGCCUUUUUCACUGAGUUCAUUCCUAAGUGUUUUAUUCUUUUUGUUGCCAUUAAAAAUGGAAUUUUAUUAAUUUCCUCUUUGGAUUUUUCAUUGUUAUUGUAUAGACCUGCAACUGAUGUUUGUAUGUUGAUUUUUUGUUGUCUGUAGAAUCUGCUACAUGUAAGAUCAUGCCACCUGCAAACAGAAAAUUUUAAUACUUCCUUUCCAAUUUGGAUGCUUUAUUUCUUUUUCUUGCCCAGAUGGCUCUGUCUGGUGCAGACUUCCAAUCUGUGUGGAACAGAAGUAGUGAGAGUGGGCAUUUUGUCUUGUUCCUGAUCUUAAGAGGAAAAGCUUUCAGUCUUUCAGCAUUGAGAGGAUGUCAGCUGGGACUUUUUAUAUGGCUGUAUAAUGUUGGGGCAGUCUCCUUCUAUUCAGAAUUAGUUGAGUAUUUCCAUCGUGAAAGGGUGUUGAAUUUUGUCAACUGCUUUUUCUGCAUCAAUUGAAAUGAUCAUGUUUUUCCUUUGUUCUGUGUAUAAUAGCGUGUAUUAAAUUGAUUGAUCUAAUGGUGGAUAUUGUCUCUUCUUGAAAGUGGGGUAUUGGGGUCUCCUACUAUAAUAUAGAGCUGGCUCUUUCCUCAGUGUUUGCUUCAUAUGUUUAGAAGCUCUAAUGUUCACGUAUGUUUAUGAUUAUUACAUCUUCUUGGUAAAUUCUCAACUUUUUAAUUUAAACAACAUGAAGAUGAUGAAAUUACAGGAUUAUGGGAUUUACUUUAACAUAAUUCUCUUGGUUGAGGCUAGGGGGUGACUAAAGAUAAAACAAGAUUGGCCAGGAGCUGAAAACCGUAGAGGGGCAGGAUGUGUAGAUGAAGGAGCUUUCGCCAGGGUUCAGCAGAUUUUCUGUGAGGAGGCAGGUGUUAAAUAUUUUUGGCUUUUCAGGGCCCACAUUCUCUCUUGCAGCCAUAGACAAUCUAUACGUAACUCAGACUUGGACUGCGUGGGGGACAUUGAUAGCGAGUGUUCCAAUUAAACUCUGUGGGAUUUCAUGUGUCACAGUAUAUUGUUCUUUUAAGUUGUUCUACCAUUUGAAAAUAUAAACAUUCUUAACUUGUACGCCAUAUAAGUAAGUACAGGGGGAUGGCCACAUUUGUCCACCAGGCUGUAGUGUGCCAACCCAUGAUUUAUAUAAUUUUGUUUCUUCUUUUGGAUAUGUUUGAUAUUUUCCAUUUAAAAACUGAGAUGUUACUUUUUCAACAUUUG